CUUACACAAACCAAUUUUUCUCAAAAACGUACCUUGUUAUUUCUAAUGUUUAUACAGUUUUACAAAUUGUAUAUCAAGAGCUAUAUUUCUGUAUAUUCAGUUACCUGGAAAUCGACCUGCUAAGAUAGUUGCGGCACGUUUGAAGAUAUUUUUCAUAGGAUUUUCGUACAUUUCCAACCAUACCAGCACCAAAACUGGAAAGUUAAAAAUUUUACAAUACAUUAAAAUAAAGCUUUUAUAUUGUUCUUAUAGGAACCGAAAACAAUUUUUCAAUAACUUUAAACAUUGCAGAGAUUUUUAAGUUUAAAUAUGUCAUGAAAAAACCAGUUUUUUUGCUCAUUUUCAACUUCAAAUAGCUCUAGAAUCUCAAAAACAGCACAAAAUGGUCUGAAAUUUGGCAUGCAAGUCUAAUUUAAUGUCCUCUACAAGAAAAAAAUACCCCGAGAACCUAAAUUGAAAGAGUCCUAUUUUCGAAGUGAAUUACCCCUUUUUUUCAAUUUUGCCCCAUAGUGGACAGGUGAGAACCCUACAAUUCCUUGAUAAUUUGUAUGGUUUUGUUAGAAAACCCUUGUAUGGUUUUGUUAGAAAACCCUUAAAAAUUGUCAAGGAAUUGAAAGGUUCUCACCUGUCACAGGUGACCUGUUUCACAACUCUGAUUUGAGUAGAUUUCUUCCUAUUUUCUUCGAUUUGAAUUGUUUACAAAACAAAUAUUUUUCACAAAAACUUUUCAGAAAAUAUUUUUAAAACAUAAAUAUUAUUGCAAUAAGCGUGAUCUUAUCAAAUUGAUAGAAAAAUCAAUACUAAAGUUACAAAAUUAAAGUAAAAAUUUAAAAAAUCGAUAUAAAAUUAACGGUUUCAAAAAGUUCAAAUUUCAAAACCUUACAAAUUGUUCGGUUGAAAUAACAUUUGUAAGGUUCUCAUAUUUUUGAUUUGUUGAAAAAACAUAUUUGUUGUGAAUUUCUGUUAAAAUUACAUAUGAAUAUGCUUUAAAAUUAAUUAAGUCAUCUAAAACACAAAAGAAAAGUUAAGAAACGAGGUAAAAUGUGGAAAAAAUUUUCAUUGUUUUGAUACAUUUUUUGGACUCUGGAACAAAACAUGUGAUUUUAGAACAAUCUCAUCAAAAUUUAAUUUUAAAAGUGGAAGUAAGAAAAACGGAAAAAUUCAAAUUUCCGAGAGGUACGAUUUUUGAUAAUAUUUCUAAACACCUUUAAACACCCGGAAGUCGAAAAUACGUUUUCAUUAUUAUCGGUAUUUUUGAUAAAUUAAAGCGAAUUAUACAAAUAAACCACAGAAAUGGCAAAGAAAACUUACGAUUUAUUGUUCAAACUAUUAUUAAUUGGAGAUUCUGGUGUCGGCAAGACUUGUAUUCUCUUCAGAUUUUCUGAUGAUGCUUUCACAUCGACAUUUAUUUCCACAAUUGGAAUUGAUUUCAAAAUCAAAACAGUCGAAUUGAGAGGAAAGAAGAUCAAAUUACAGAUUUGGGAUACUGCCGGACAGGAAAGAUUCCAUACUAUCACAACAAGCUAUUAUCGUGGCGCUAUGGGAAUACUAUUAGUUUACGAUAUUACCAAUGAGAAGUCGUUUGAAAACAUAAUAAAGUGGCUGCGGAAUAUAGAUGAGCAUGCAAAUGAGGAUGUCGAGCGAAUGAUUUUGGGCAACAAGUGUGAUAUGACUGAUAAAAGAAUCGUUAGUAAAGAACGCGGUGAAGCGAUUGCUCGUGAAUAUGGAAUUCGUUUCAUGGAAACAUCAGCUAAAGCAAACAUUAAUAUCGAGAAGGCAUUUAGUGAAUUGGCUGAAGCUAUUCUAGACCAAACAGCCAGUAAAGAUAGCAACAAUGAGAAUCAGGUCGUUGUCGUAGACCGAAAGAACCAGGAAAAAUCUCCAGCUUAUAGAAGUUGUUGUACAUCAUAAAUCAUACCAAGUAUAAAUUUCUAUAUUCCUUAAAUUCAUCGCUUCAGAAAACACAAAAAAAAAUAUUCGUAAACGAUACUUAAAUAAACUUCUUUCAUCAGCAUUCAUUAUGGUUACCUCUUCACAUAUGGGGUCAAUCGCAAAUGACGUCGUUCAUAUAAUUAGAGAUUUAGUCCAUCACAAGAAGGAAAGUAAAUAAAUCAGAUAUUUGAAGGACGUCUUUUGUGAACGGGAUUCCUUUUAUAAUUUAUCUAAAUUUGCUGUAAUUUAUAUUCAGCAUAAACCAUUGGUAACUCAAUGUUUAAUAAUAUUAGGAUAAUGUAUUAUAAGAGCUAAUCAGAAUGCAAAUAACUAAUAUAUUUCCAUUGCGGUAAAAUGAUGAUUAGAUUCUUGUAAGAUUGAUGUCGGUCAGAAUCCAGUUUAACGACAAUAUUCAUUAAUUCCAAUCAAGUAGAACUGUUAAGGCAUCAAUAUGACCAAAGUCUGUCCAUAUUGUCGCAAAAAUUUCUUUAUUUUAUCGGACGGUGUAAGUCAAGAGCUUGAAACUUCUGAAAAGGUCAAUGCUAUAAGCAUUUAUGAUGUAGAGAUUUUAUAAGAAUUUUUGUUUUGUCCAGUGAAUGUAUUAACAGCAUUAAAAACCCGAUAAAAAAAAAAUCUUUUUUUCAUUGUAUGUAUUGCCUCUAAAAAUCACCGCGCUCAAAUAUUAUCACAUUUGCUUAUUUUUAUCAGCCGACCACAUUUUCUUACAUUCAUCAAAAGUUUUUUUUUUUUAUAAAGUAUAUAUAAUAUAUAAAGCAAGAAACUAAAGUCGAAUGUCGUCAUUUUUGCAACAAAGAAUAACUUUUUUAAGAAUGCAAAAAUAGAUAAUUUUUCAAAAUCUUUUUUAUGGUUAAUAGGAAAGUUUCGAAUGAGGAUGCUUAAAGCAAAAUUUUAGUCAAAGCGCAAAGUUACAAUUGCCAUAAUAAAUGUUUUUAAAAUUUCUUUUAUAUUUUUUUUAAUCGAGAAAAUGUAAUUUUAAUGAAUUUGAAGCAAUAAGCUUAGAAAUGAAUUUCUUGUGAUCAAAAGCGUACAUAUUUUCCCGUACUGAACAAUAAGGCAGACGAUAAUUUAAAUCCAACAAAAUUAUAUACUUCACAAGAGAUUUUUGAAUAAUCUUACCCAUUAAUUUCUAAAUUUGAUUAGGGGUCGUUAACUUAUGACGUAACAGUAAAGUUUCAAUAAAGAUCCAUGGAUUUCCUGGAAUUUCUAUUGGUAUUUUCUAGCUACAUCUCUCCCAUGGAUGUCAUAAAUGAACGACCCCUAAUAUAAACAUCAAUUAAAUUGUAAGCUAAAAUAUCGUUUCCGGGAAAAUAUGCAGCAAAAACCCAAAAAGAAUCACAAAAGUGACAUCAGUAAAUCUAUAAAUUGAUUGUUACGCGAAACACCAUGAAACUUUUUGUGCUGUUUUGGAUGAAUUUCCAGAUACGAAAUGCUUGAAUAAUUUUGGGUAUGUGCUUCAUAAGAAAGCCAAAGAAGAAAAGCUUCUCAAAGUGAUUAAUUUGAUAAUUGAACAAUAUAUAUCACAAAAAAAAAUUAAUAAUAUCAAAUAACAUCUCUUUCUGUUGUGUAUAAAUCUUAAUUUUGUAAUAAUUUCCGUUCUUAAUAUUAGGAAGCUUAUUAAAAUAUUUGAGGGGUCGAUUCAUUAAUGAUGUCAUUCAUCAAUCAUUAAUUAAAGAAUUCGAGUAUUUAAUAUAAGAUUUUUUUAUUACAAUAUUUGGAAUUGAUGGUGGACAUUAUUAACGAAUGACUCUGGAUAUAGAAUUUUCUUUGUUAUCGUUUAGUUUUAUUCUUUUGGAAAUCUUUAUUUUAAAUAAUAAAAUUGAGAAAAUGAUAAUAAAAUUAUGAAAUUUCUACUUAAAAUAAAAUCUCGUCCAUGUUCUUGUUAAUUCCUCUGCAAAGGAAUCAUCCACAAAGUGCUGAAAUAAAAGUUCAUGGAGAUCAUCACAGAUUCUUAAAAAUGGAUCAAAACUUGUAAGCUGUUCCAAUUUAAUAUCACUACUAUAGCUGUCUACAUCCAUAAAAUGGAAUUUAAUGAUUUCCAAGUCUUUUAAUUCUUUGGUGACAAAUUCCAGCAAUUCUUUGGAAAGUGAGAAUAUCUGCAGCACUUUCAAGCAUGGAGAUAAUUUUAAUAAAGUUUUAAGUUCCUCGAUACAAGUUGCAGACGUGAUGAUUUUGGUAAUUUUGUCAUUCCUUCCAUUGAUUAGUUCUAGGCUUCCACCAAUACUUAAAUAGUCAACAUUAAGGUAAUUUUUGAAUAAAAUACAGGAUAUAUCUUCAUCAAUGAUAUUCGAGGUUAUGCAAAUUUUUUUCAAACUAUCAUUUUGCCUCUCAAUGAAAACCAUCAAGUUAUUACAGAAUUCAGCAUGAAUCUCAUUCAUUUCGAUGCAAAAGAAUUGUAAAUCGUUGAUUGUAAAUUUAGCGUGUGCAGAUGUUACAGCAUAAUUCAAGCUUUUGCAUUUGAAAUCGUCUUGAUUUAAUGUUUCCAAAACAAUAUUUACGGCAUCGAAAUAAACUCCUUUGAUUCUGCAUCUCUUCAAGUUCCUGACUUGUGUUGUUAAAAUUGGAUAAAUAACUCUCUUCAAAAAUGCAUGCUUAUUCUUCUCUCGAUUCUCCUUACAAUUAAAGUGCAAGUAGUCCAAAUUGAAAUUAUAAGCUGUGAAUCCGUAAAAUUCGUAAUCAUAGCUUAUUCCUUGUGGAUGUAAAAUUUUAAGAUCUUUCAAUUUCUCGUUAACUCUUAAACAAUAAUUGAAGUAUUUGCUUAACCGAACAUUUUCAACGUGCAGCUGUUCAAGAUAAGUACAUGAGAUGAAGAAUAUCUCUGCCGUGUAGUCGUUAAUGCUGCAAAUUUUAAGUUUCUUUAAAUCUGUCAGAAUUAACCAUUGAUCAUGAAAGUUCCUCGUAUUGAUUUCAUCCCAUCGAAAUGAAGCAUUUUUCACCUCUAAAUUGACUAUAGACCUUUCGAUUGUCUUUAAAAUCAGCAUGUACUUCUCUGUGAUAUAAUGAUUGUUGUGACAAUCAACCUUGACAUUCUGAUACUUUCGCUUAUUCUGUCGAAAAAAUUGAAGAAAUUCUACAACUUGAUUAUUAUCAUCUAUAUGUAGGUUUAAUGUCACUUUCAACAUACAUUUUGGUGAAUUUGAAAUUAUUUCACUUAAAUUUUUUGACACUUGACUUAAAUUCAAAAUGUCAUUGAAUGACAAGUGCUGGAAAAUCAGCUCAAAGUUAUUAUCAGUCAAUGUUAUUCCCAUUUUUCUUAUCAAAUUAUGUCACUUGAAACUUUUUUUGUUUAUCCUUUACAACGUCCUUGAAAAUACUCGUUAGAUAUUGGAAUUGCGGUAGGUCAAGUGAAUCAACAGAUUUCUCUUAUAAUGCUAGAUAAAUGGAACUUACAGAUGUUUACAAACUUUUCUGAUAAUCUAAGCUACAAUGGCAGUGCCAUAUAAAUGCGC